CUACGAAUUAGAAGCUAUAUUAUCGACUUCGCACUUCAAAGUCUGCAACACUGGCUUAUGUUUUGUUUUACACAAGGCCUGUUUACCUUGCGAAGCAUAUAUAGUAAGUUGGCUUGUGGAUUCUAGUCUAGUGAAUCACUUUGAUUAUCGAGAGCUGAAAGUGAAUACGUGUAAUGUAAGAUUUAAUAGCCUUGACUCGCAGGAAUGACAAAAAGCACGACUUCAUCCAAGUAUCAAUACAAAAAUCAAUACUUGCACUAGAUAUCAAAACUAAAGAAUCCAAAGACUUUCAAAGAGUACGCAGGAAUUCAAGUAAUUGUUCGGCGAAUAAAGCUAUUCAUUUGGAAAGACGUAUGUUCGAUGAAGGUAACCGAACGCGACUCUUGUAUGACAUUCUUCAACAGUGUUUCUAUAAAAAGCCUUCCAAGCACUCAAGAUAACCCAAGAAACAAGUUGAUCAAAUUGAUGAUGUGACCGAUUGGUCCGCACUUCGUGUCUACCAUCUCCAGUUCAUUAGACUAGACGUUCUGCUAUAACUUCAUUGUAACUUCCUAGGAUUCUCUGGUCGUUAAGUCUUUAUGAAAAUGAGGUCAUAUUAAGUUUCUGGGGCGCUAAGUUUCAAUCGGUAACUAGGAAGGUCAGGAAAUGUUAUAGUAUUUUGUUCAAUUGUACACUGCAUUUGAGAGCUUUUUAUCGCCCAAGUGAUCUGCGACAAGUAUGAAAAGACCUUGAUGGCUUCAUAAGUUUGUUCCAUGGAAUGGUGAAUACUACAUAAAACAAUUGUGUAACAUGGAAGCAUCCAGGGUAAAUCAGCUAGGGGCAAGAGAAUCAUUCUGGACCCAAAAUCAGAGUACCGACCAAAUAUCAAACUUCUCAAACUUAACUGACAACAAUAACAACCAUGCAGAAGCGGAUGCCGUCGAUGCAGCGACUGUACAUUCACUAAACCACAGACGUGCCAUCCGUGAUGAAGAUAUACAGAUACCAUUCGCGCUUAAGAAGUUACAUUACUCUAGUUCUACACUUGCUUCCGAAUCUAAAGAGAAAACGAGCUUGAGAAACCGUCUACCAGACUUUACACUCACCAACAACAGGCCUGUUGUGGACAUCAAUAAAUUCAUUUAUGGGUCGAUCUAUGAUAGGCCACGUUAUAGAAGAUGUCGAGGAAGGACAUUUCCUCAACAUGAGAAACAGAAUACAAAUCUCCUGACGAAAAAAAGCUUGAAAAGAUCAACGAGUUUGCACAAUGAAAAGUACCGUAGCUUGAGAGCUAGAAUCAAUAGUUUGAAUCGAGAAAUCCUAAGCGAAUCAAGAAUCAGGAGGAGAGUAAGUAAGGAUGGGAUGCUGCAGGAAAAAUCAAGGAAAGAAUCGACACAAGUUUCCAUUGGUAGAGCGAACGAAGGAACUCUUGACGAGGAGGAAGAGAUGGAAGCUCCGUUUGAAGUGAAACGGUUCAAAAAUGUAGACCUGCCGAUACAAAGACGGCCUAUUGAAAGGUUUCAAAAGACUGUUCGCCUUAUUUGUUUCUUGUUGAAGGUCAAAUCAAGCAUCGACAGGAAAUACAAACAACCCCAGCACUCGGUAGUUUUUGAACAACUUGAAGAAAUAACAGAAUCAGGGAUUUCAAGUGAUGAUGGUAUAGUUUUUGAUCCUAAUUAUUUCAAGGCUAUAAGAGAGGUCAAGCUGAGUCCAGAUUCAGUCCAGAUUCUAUCGAUGCUUCCAGGAACAAGAACAGAGGAGCAGAUACAGGCGGCAUUAGUUGGUCUGAAGACAGCUGUGGCGGCUUUUGGUGAAUAUCCGUUGAAAAUGCAAAGAAGACUUGUAAAUGUUGGUUGGUACGAAAGUUUCGAAGCGAAGAGAGUCAUCAUUAGACAAGGCCACAGAGCGGAAAAUUUCUAUUUUAUUCUAUCUGGAACAGCAUUGGUGACGCUUCUGGUUAACGACCCCGCUACAGGCGAAGAGAGGUCGACCACCAUAGCUGUUCUGGGGAAAGGAAGCAGCUUUGGUGAAUUGGCUCUUCUACACCACAAGACUCGUAGCGCAACGGUUCUGUGUAAGAAUGAAGUCGCUCUUCUUGCUGUUGGACGAGAGGACUUCAGGGAUAUUUUCAUGAGUUAUGAAGAUGGGAAAGAACCGGAUCACGUUCAAUUUUUGAGGACCAUCCCAUACCUCAUGGACCUACCCUUAGAACAAUGUGUAACACGACAUGACAUAUGUAUAUUCCACUACUUUAGACGUGGUGUUGUAAUAGUGAAAAAUAGUAACACAGAAUGGAUUUACAUCCUAAAAUCGGGUUCUUGUCGCGUCCUAACAAACCUGGCAAAGAGAAGAUCAUCGACAAGUUCCUGUCGAGGGGAUCAAAAUAUUCUCAAUCUACCUGCUAUUCCAGUGAAUGAAUUUGAAAGAAGAAAACUUUUAUAUACAGCUUGCGGUGAACGUAGUACCAGAACAGCCUGGUCAAUAGCAGACAAAAGACCAAGAACAGAACCACAAACACAUAAGGAGAAAGCCGAUCUAUCUUUACCGGCGAUCACAUCAGACAACGAAAAAUUUAAGGUAAUUAGAAUUUAUCUCAUAAAUUACUGGAAGAAUCUGAAAAAAGACAAAGACUCGGAGAAACUGGAUCAUGUCUGUGUACAGAUUGAACUUCUCAAACCAAAGGAUCAAUUUGGACUCGCAUCUAUUCUGUAUGACCGUAAUUCUGUCAAGUGUCAUUUGGUCAGUAAUGGAGCAGAAUGUAUUCUUAUCAAGAAGAGCUGGUUUCUACAAAACACAAAUGAAGAUAUGCGAAGAGACUUAAGGGCACAGUUUCCUGCCUAUCCAACACAGCAGACAUUAGAACAAAACCUACAAGACAAAGCCGACUGGGAAUCGUUCAAAAACCAAACAAUUAGUGAUCUUCUCGACACUUUACAUCUAUGAGUUUGUUCACUGAAUGAAAGCCUUUGGACGUGUUUAUGGAUGUCGAAGUCUAGGAAUCCAAAAUCCAGACGUGGACUUCCUAAUCCACCAUGGCUUCUGGUGUUCUUAGAAGGCACGACAAAAGGAUUGACUAACUUCAGUUACGAAAUGAAAGCAUUCGAUCGGCGCUGAACAAGAAACUAUGAGAAAUCAGCCUUUGGUUAAUGGUUACAACUCCCCAACAGACAGCAAAACAUCACUGGAAGAUCAGAAAUCUGUAGAUAUGCCCAACGAAUUUGGUGUGAAGUUACCACCAAUAUCGCAAGUGGACUGUUUGGGAUUACACCGAGUUGACGUGGAUGCUAUUACGCAAGAACGUGAAGACAAAAUGUCGAGACUUAGAAACAGGUACAAGCGAAUCUCUACUGGUCCCAUGAAUGAAAGAGAGUUCGGAUUCGGUCGCAGAAAGAAGAAGAAUCUAGACGUAGUCGAUGGAAAGGCUCCUCCAAUUUCACAGAUAGGUAUGGGGUCGGAAUACGAAGUCCCGUGGUGGCAAACAAGGGAGCCGAAGAGGAACAUCAAUGCCACAAGAUUGUUACCUCUUUCACAAGUCUCUUGUCUUAUUUACAGCCCAGAAAAAGAGCAAUGGCAGGUAAAAAAUGAAAAAAGGAACUUUCGGUCCAAGUUUGAAGCUCAUGAGUGGGAUUCAGAAUAUGUCAAGCUAGCCAAGGCAGGGGGACAACCUGGUCUACUUCACUACGUUGAGGCAACCCCUCCCCUUAAAAGGACAUUGGACAGUAGGUAUUACCCAGGAGGCAAUGCUUCACUACCUGAGCUAAAGUCCAAGUCUGUACAAGAUCCCACAUGGAGGCCAUCACAAUGGGCAGCUUUGUCUCCCAUUAAGAAGAAUGAUCACCGCGAUGACUUGAGCUCGAGAGAAAAAAAGUGAUGGCUUUCUUGCAUGUUUUGUCGUCAAAUUAAGUAGAAAGGAGUUGCUUUGCGCUURCUAAAACCAUAUAUAGAUGAUUAUUUUCCUCCAAUAAUGUUUUACCUUCAGCAACGGCUCAAAGGUUUGCUGCAAAAUUUUAUGUCCGACAAAACUAUGAGAAAGAUGAAAAUGAUGCAACAAUUUGUAAAAUGUUGCGGAAAUGUGGAAGUAUCACUCUUUCGUUUAGUUAUAAAGCCCAAAUUCAUAUACAGAAUUUUCUUAGAAAUCAAAAUUGAUUUAUGAACGAUUCUUUCUUUUUUUACACUAAUUUAUUGCCACAUUUAACUUGAAAAUACAUUUCUAAAAAGAGAUUUGCCUUCAAUUGAACUUGGGAAUAAAUCUGAGGCGGACAAAAAUUAAAAGUUUUUACCGCUUUGAACUUUGAAAUGAAGGGAACUAGAAUGACGGUAGGAGACUGKGAUAGGAGUUGGCUGUCAACUCUCUUCAUAAACUAUAGCUAUUUACAUAAUUCCAAGACAAUAUUACCCACAUUUUGAUAUUCAAACUUUUGCGCCAUAACAAAGGUGGCUAGGUGGAAUAGCUGAUAAAUCUGUUAUGGACGCCAUGACAAGAAGACUAAUGUAUACUCGCAUUACUUAGAAUAUUAUCAUCUAAUAGCAAAAGACUAUCUAAAAGUAGCCUCGUCUAUGUAGAGCUAUUUGAAUGGCGAAGAUUUUGAUGCUGCAUGUUGCAAGUUGCGUGCUGCAAGUUGUAUGUUGCAUACCAAGGUCAACUGAAUAUGGGCGAUGUGAAUGCAAUAAAGGAUUCGAAAAGUUAACAAAACUGUAUAGACACUCGAACUUUUCCCAAAUACAAUAUUUGCUACAUGUCCGCAGUACAUUUCGGUCUUGGAAUGCAACAUGCACCAAAACCUUCAACACUACGGGCGAUGUGAACAUGAAUUCGUUUAACUAUCUAUCUAGGCUAGCCCAAACAAUCUGUGAUUUAUAUUGUUUACAUACAAACAAAGUAUAUAUGUCAACAACCUCUUUUGAAAUAGCUGUGAUAACA